AUGCCCGAACAAGACGCAGAAGAUGCAGAAGAUUUUGUGCCUAAUUGUCUUGAUGAGGAAGAAGAGGAUGAUGAGGAAGAAGAAGAGGAGGAGGAAGAAGAAGAAGAUCUUGCUGAUGAAGAAGGAGAGGAAGAAGGUGCAGUUGAUACACAUCCUCCCUCCUCCCACACACACGUAGCAAGCAGCAGCAGCAGCAGCAGCAGCAGCAGCAGCAGCAGCAAUAGUUGUUGUUUGUUCCUGUCUGCUGCAGAUGAGGAAGUAGAAGAAGCAAACGGAGAGCAGAAGCAGCAGCAAAAGGAGGAGGGAGAACAGCAGCAAGAGCAGCAGCAGAAGCAGGAGGAUGAUGCUGCUGCUGCUGUUGCUGCACCAGGCAAACGGCAGGCGCCUACAGAAGCAGAACCUGCUGCUAAGGCCCAGAGGCAGAACUAA